GUGUACAUUAUUAUAGCACUAGCCAUAUCAAAGGGAAGAAAUCUUGUUGUCCUUCAGUUAGAAAUGGCAGAUUGGGAAGAGGUGAAACGGCUUGCGGCCGAUUUUCAGAGGGCUCAGUUAAGUGUAGCGAAACAAAGACUUUCAGAAAGGAAUGUAAUUGAACUGGUCUCAAAACUUGUGAAUUUGAAGUUGAUAGAUGUUAUCUACACAUUAGAUGGUAAAGAAUAUUUAACUCAUCAGGAGCUGUAUAAAGAAAUAACAGAUGAGUUACUUGUAAAUGGGGGUAGGAUUAACCUGGUGGAAUUACAGCAGCUGUUAAAUGUUGAUUUUAGUCAUAUAGAAACAAAAGCAUCAGAGAUAAUAAAACAUGAAAAGAACAGAAGUUUAGUGCUUGGACAGUUAAUUGAUAUAUCCUACCUUGACAAAAUAGCUGAAGAAAUUAAUGACAGACUUCAAGACCAAGGCCAUGUGACCAUACCAGAACUUACCAAGUUGUAUGAUCUUCCUGCUGACUUUUUGUCUGAGCAUAUACACCAGCGUGUUGGGAAGAUUAUUCAUGGACAUGUAGAUGCCUAUGACAAGGAUGUUAUAUUUACUGCUUCAUUCAUUACACGCAUGAAGGCACAAAUCAGAGGAACAUUCAGUGCCAUAACCAGACCAACAGUCAUACAAAGUAUAAUGUCAAGACAUAGUUUUCAGGAAAGAUUAUUUUAUUCCUUAUUAGAAGAUCUAGUAAAUACAGGUAGACUUGCAGGAUCUAUCUCUGGUGGGAGACAAGAAAAAGCUUUGUAUAUACCAAAUAUCUACUCUAAAUCUCAAAAUGAAUGGGUAGAUUCUUUCUAUAAACAGAAUGGAUAUUUAGAAUAUGACUCCUUGAUCAGACUUGGAAUAGUAGAUCCAAAGUCUUAUAUAAAAAGAAGAUUCAAAGGUGAAGCAAUGACAUAUCUUGGAACAUGUUGUAUAGGAGCUGCUAUAAACGACCAAGUAGAGGCUAGUGUGGAGGAAGCUGAUACAAAUAAUACAUGGAUUGAUAUAAUGCCUUUACUGCCCUCCAUAUUUAGUACUGACGAUGUCAAACAAAUUUUAACUGAAUGUACAAAGAAGUAUCCACACACUGCGAUUUGCUGUGAUACAAUAGUAACCAGUGAUAAAUUUAUACAGAAGUGGAAUGAACCAUUCAAAGAUUUGGUCAUCAAAAAGGCUGAAAUGGAUGUAAGAAACAAUCCUUCCUUAUUCUCCAAUGAAGUGUCAAAAAUAAGUGGGAAAUUGUCAAUGAUAGACAACAGUGGAAAAGAGGAUAGAAAGGAUCAGAGAAGAAAAAAAGCUGCAGGUGUUUCAAAAAGUGGUGGUGGAACUCAAGGUAGGGAAGUUAAAACCAGGUCAACCAAAAAGAGGGUAAAAGCUCAAGAGAGAGACGAUUCAGAUGAUGAUGUUGCAACAAAUUUGACGAAAGAAAAACAACAAGCAUCCCAGUUUAUGUCUCUGGAAGAAUUAGAAAAUCGUCUAAAAGAACAGACAGAAUUGGUGGAUUGCCCUGAUAACUUUAUAACUGAAAUAGCUCUACAACUCCAUAGGCCACUGACAAGGCAAUACCAGGAAGCUGCAAAGUCUGUUUUCCUCACUCAAUCUGGUACUGGUACUGCAAGGAAGAAGACACACGGAGAACUACAAGAAAAAAUAUCUGGUCUAUGGACAAGUUGUUGUUUGUUUGAAAAGGGAAUGAAGCAAUUUAAUGAGGAAACAUCUGCACAGCUUGUCAGACAUUUAAUGAAGACUGUUUGUACUGAUAUUACCAACAUAGUUGUCAGUGCCGUAGCAACAGAACACAUGAUGUCAGUUCAAGAAGAUACACAGUUAACAGCAGAAGGAAGAGCUGCCAUAAUUGUUAAACUACCAGAUAACUUACAGCAAAUUUUGAUAAAACUUCACACAACUCUCAGUGGAAAGUCUCUAGAAGAGUUCAACAACCAGCUGAAUAUAAUCUGUAGUCCAGAACAUCUUGGAAUAAUGCUGAAGAAACCAGACAAAAAAAAAGAAAGGCAGUUGAUGUUUAACCAGAGACAAGUUUUACUGGAACAAUUAAAGUCUGAGACUGAUCCUGCAGUGGCAUUACAUUUGUCUUCAGUUAUUUUACUCCAUACAUAUACACAGAAUAUUGUCCAUAUUCCUGGAAAAUGUGUUCCUCAACUCAUAGUGUUUCUUAAAUCAUACCUGGAGGCUGAUAAAUAUGAUCUACUACAUGCACAGCAAGAUUUAAUAAUGAAGAUAAUGAAAGUCCAAGGAAAUGAAGAAAAGAAAGAGGAGUUUUUAUCCUUGGAGUCAGAAGCUAAAUUACAGAUGGAUGAAAUAAAAAAAGUUGUUGUUAUGGGAAAGAAAGCUACAGUGCAAAUGACAGAGAACUAAAUAUUCAAUACACUCAAAUUAGAAUUAUUGGUAUAAAUGAAAUUGAUUCAAAACAGAUAUAAAAUUAAUGUUCAAUACAAAUAUCUUUUGUACAUAUUUGGUGUCAACAGGCUUUUAAAGAGUGGCCAUGAUUAUAGUACGUGAUUUGUAAUGUCCUGUCUGCUCUGGAUAAAUAAAAAUUUGGUUUUUUGUUAAAUAUUUAUGUGCUAGAAUUUUGUUGAAAAUUGAAAUAUUGGAGGUAUAAUAUGAAAUUCCUGUAUUAAAUUACUAUUGAAAUAAAUUGAUUCCUUGUGUUAAAA